CUCUUCUCCUCCCCGGAAAGCAGGAAACUGCCCCCCAAAGUCCCUGUGAAGUACCAGUGGGCCUCCCACAGGUGCAGUAUGGCUCGUGGCAGGUGGUGGUGUAUCUCAGGGCUGAUCCCAGUUGCUGGAAGCCUCUGGAUUCCAUGAGGCUUCUUCUGCCAGGACUGCAGUGCUGCGGUUUGGAAGGCAGUGGGAGGGAGAGGGUUGGGCAGCUCCUUCCCAAUUCUCUCCCACUUGCCCAGGCCUGCACCUCUGAACAGCGGCAGCGGACACGGCAGGACCUGAAGCACAGUCCCUGCACAAGGCAACCCCCAGUCCCUCCUUCAGCCUUAACCCUUCGGCCCUUCCGUUCUCUUCCACUUGCAGGGAAUCCGAAUUCCCACCUUCGGUUCCUUCCACAUCGUCUCCAAACAGAUCAAGGCUAAGGACGGGACCCUGGUUGUGCAGUGGCCUGCGUUUUGCCUGGCCAGGAACCUUCUGGGUGUCCACAAUCUGACGGGUGAUGAGGAAUUCCUGCCAGGUAGGAGGAGAAUUAAACUCUUGCUGGCUGCAGGGACAGGGCAAACAGGACGACUGCCUCCACUGUCAAAAGCAAACCGGCCCCUCCGUGGAGCCAGUCCAAACACAGGGCCAUCCUGGGGGGCGAAUACAAUGAGUAGCACUCAGAAGCACGGGCACAAGGGCUGCUAAAUGACCAACUCCAAGUCUCUUGUGUGAUCUUCCAGGCCAUAAGGAGGCGGAGUCCCUCAAGUACACCGAGGUGGCCGCAGCUGCAUCUGUGUCCCGGCAGAGAGGGGAAGCCUGCAUAUGCAGCACCACAUCUCUCAUCUCCCGCUGCCUGAGGAACGGGGAGAACAUUGCCUUUGUCCUGAAGGACAUAGGAGUCCUCCUCAUAGAAGGGGCACAAGUUCAAAUGAAAUUCUACUACGACUUCCUGGAGAAGGUCUGUGGGAAAGUGAACCUAGAAACAGCCGUUUUCAAGGUCCCCUGGCUGCUGGACAUGGUGGUGUCCCGGGUGGCAGCAGUGGCCUCCCUGUCGCGCUCUGGCCGGGUCGCCGUCUUUCCUGAGUUUCAGUUGGAGUUUGUCCCCAAACCACCUCCCAGGAAAGCACCCAAGGCCUCAGGAGAAGUCCCUGGUGAGGGCAAGCAAGAGAAAGCAGAGGGCUUGCCACCUCUUGGCCAGGGCAAGAAAGUUCCAGGGAAAAUUCCUGAGUUGCCACCUUUACCUGGGCGCUCAAGCAUUACCAGUAGAGAAGGUACAUGCUUCGAGAAGAGAACGAGGGUCGAGCAGAAGAAGAGCUCUGUGUCCAGUCAAGUUCCAGUGGUCCCGGCGGUGUCCUCUGCCAAAAAGAUGGCUGUGCCUGGCAAAACCCACAGCGAAGGCACUACCAAAAGCACAGCACCACCGGUGGGUCCAGCACAGGCAAUCAAAGCCCACAGGUGCAAAGAAGAACAAGGUGCGGUGAAGCUGGCGCUGAGCAGCCAAGGUCAGCACAAAGUCACAGCCAAAGGAGAAGCACCAGAGCCAGGUCGCACUCAUGGCGUGGAAGCUCAGAGGUGCAAAGAAGAAAGAGGAGCGGUGAAGCCGGCGCUGAUCAGCCAGUUUCAGGGGAAACACACAGCCAAAGCUCCAGCACAAGGCUCAGGUCGAGCUCAGGCAGUGGAACCUCAGUGGGUCAGAAAACAAGGAGCAGUGAAGCCGGCGCUGACCAGCCAGUUUCAGGGCAAACUCACUGCCAAAGGAAAAGCAUCAGAAAUGCGUCCAGCACAGCCAAUAAAAGCUCAGAGAGGGAAAGAAGAAGAAAGAGGAGUGGUGAAGCCGGCACUGGCAAGCCAGUUCCUGGGCAAAUACACAGCCAAAGCUUCAGCACCUGAGGCGGGUCGAGCCCAGGCAGUGGAAUCUGAGAGCCUCAGAGGAGGAGGACGAGCAGGAGAGAAAAUCUUCUGUGAUGGCAGAGUGCUGGAGGCAAACAAAGAGCUGAGUGGCCCUCAUGGAGCGCAGCCUCCAAUGAUAAUACCUACAAUAGUGAUUGAAUCACCAUCAAGCUCUGAGCACAGUCUGCCCGAGGAGCCCAUCUAUGACACCUCCCUUUUGAUGCCACCACCACGCAUCCACAAGCGCCGACGAUCCCGAGAGAGGGCACAAAAGAGAAAACUGCUGGACUCUGGGAAUACAAGGAAGACUAUCAGAGCAGACGCUGUGGAGCACGAGAAACAGCAUGUGAAAGCAAGGCUGAGAACCAAGGAUGUCUCUAGAAGAAGAGAAAAGCAAAAGGAACAGCUCACGGCUCUGACUGGAUAAGCGCCUGCAUGCAUGCUUAGGGAGUGCUUGUGGAAUACUUGGUUGAUGUGUAAAGGCGGGUGGGAAAGCUGUAAAGGU